GGCCUGUUCAACACCACAUCCGUUGCCAAUUCAGCGCCACAGGACACCCAGCAUAUACACGAUUGCGAUUGCGAAAAAGACACAUCCACCAUGUUUUCAGGCCUCCAGAACCCGCGGAAUAUCGCCGCGCAGAUCAUGAACUUUGGUCUGGUGCUGUCCACGGCAUUCAUGAUGUGGAAAGGUCUCUCCAUCGUCGCCGACUCUCCCUCUCCGAUCGUCGUUGUUCUCAGUGGUUCCAUGGAGCCAGCUUUCCAGCGAGGCGACUUGCUCUUGCUAUGGAAUCGCGAGCUGUUUACCGAAACCUCAGUUGGCGAUAUUGUCGUCUACAAUGUCAAGGAUAAGGAUAUUCCCAUUGUCCAUCGAGUCGUACGGAAAUUUGGCCAUGGGGACAAGGCACGGCUGUUGACAAAAGGAGACAACAAUGUUGCCGAUGACACCGAAUUGUACGCCAGAGGGCAAGACUACUUGGAGCGCAGCGAUAUCAUCGGCAGCGUAGUGGCCUACGUGCCGUUUGUGGGCUAUGUGACAAUUCUUCUCUCAGAAUAUCCAUGGCUGAAAACGGCCAUGUUGGGUAUAAUGGGUCUGAUGGUGGUGUUACAGCGGGAAUAAGACACGAUACAGUACAGUGCAGCAUAUAUGCGAAUAUGAAAGAAAGACUUUAGAGCCGAUAAGCUAGUUCGGAUCACGAUGUUC